CGCCAAAGUGAGCGGAUAAUCUUUAUAACACCGCUUUUCUUUCUCGAGCUUCAAUAACCAAAAAAAAAAAAAUAUGGACGCACCCAACAUUCAACAGGUGGAAAGGCUCAUUGAACAACUUUAUAGUUCGAACGAUCCAGCCCUCGCAAAACUUAUUCAAGAACAACUCCAAUCCUUACAAAGACAACCUUAUGCCUGGGAAAUCGCUUCUCAAUUAUUAUCAUUACAGUCUGACCAGUGUCGAUUUUUCGGGGCACAUACCUUUCAAGUAAAGAUAUCCCGUGAUUGGGAAACAUUACCAGAAGAUAGAAUCGAUUGGCUAAGAGACGAGUUAUUGAGCUGGCUAGUUCGAUUAUGUGGAGGUCCGAUCUUUGUCACAACCAAAUUAUGUUUAGCAUUGAUCGCUUUUGCAUUUAACACCGUGCCCAAUCAAUGGCCUCAUUUCAUUACGGCUACAGUGGACGCAUUAAAAAUUGGAUCACACGCUUAUGGAAUCCCCACAGACACUAUCCACUUAACCAUCCUCGAGUUUUUUACGCUGGUUCCCGAAGAAGUAUCCAACGCUAAUUUAAUGGGUGGUCGUAAACUACAGCUGAUUGGCGAGUUAAAGGAUAGUAUCCCACUUGUCUUGUCCACCGUUUCCGAUUUACUCUUUUCCACUACCACAAAUACAUCAAUCCAACAAAAGGCACUGGAAUGUUUACAGAGUUGGAUUCAAUACGGGUUUGAUUUAGAAACAGCGUAUCCUUUAUUGCAAAAGGUCAUGAGUUUAUUAGGGGACGAAGUAUUAUUUGAACCUGCCGUGGAAGUACUUUUAGAAUCCAUGCAGCAAUCUUCUUGGACAAGAUACCAAACUUAUAGAAAUGAAUUACUCGCUUGCUUCACAAGUGAAGGCAUGCGAGAAAAAUUCACGUUAUCCAUCUCAGAAGAAGACGAGGAAACAGGAAAGAUGUUGGCCAAAUUAUUCACGACAUUUGGUGAAACUUAUACCGAUUAUAUCGUCACCCAGUUAGCAGACCCCAACAUCAAAUGGCUCAUGACCAUGAUUAUGCAACUUACCAGCUACGAAGGUUAUUUUCCCGUCGAUCAAGAAGUGACAGAGAUACCUUUGAAUUUCUGGUACGUCUUACAAGAGACCUUGUUCGAUGAAAAUAUCCUGCCCUUGUCCACAGAGAAAUCCGCUUGGUCUAAUGAGUGUGGACAAACCGCUUUAGCCAUGUACCGAGAACUUGUACAUGUCUUGAUUAAAAAUGCAAAAUAUCCCACAGAUGAUGUCUGGCAAUCCUGGAACAAAGAUGUUCGAGACAAAUUCAAGAUUUGGAGAAGAGAUUUAGGUGAUACCAUGAUCAAUCCAUACUAUGUACUUCGCGAUGAAAUGCUUUCUAUUUUACUCGAUCAUAGUGUCUACAUCAUUAACCAAUGGUCAUCUUUACCCUCUGCUUCUCAGCAUUUGGAAGCUACCUUAUUUUGUUUAAAAAGUAUUUCGGAGGAGAUUUCACCUACGGAGGACCAACAUAUUGCUCGUUUCUUUGGUCAAGAAGUCCUUGGCAGAUUACCAAAGGAUAGUUCAAUCCGGUUACAAAACACGGUCUUGUUAUUGAUGGGGUCGCUUUCGGAAUGGCUAAAGACGCAUGCCCAAUAUCUGGGAUCUGUCAUGAAUUAUAUUGCACCUUGUUUGAGUAACCCUCAAUUGGCCCCCGCCGCAAGCUCCGCCUUUGCAGAUAUUUGUGAUACCUGUCGUGAAUCGCUUGUGGAUGAACUCGAGAGUUUAAUGCAUGUCUAUGCCGCCAUGACAAGCUCACAGAUUAAAGCCAAUAUCAUGCAGAAAGUUGUGGAAUCUGUAGCCGAUGUCAUUCAAGUCCUCUCGCCCGAAAGGGCCAUGGGCCCCUUGAUGUCCUUGACGGGGGAUAUUUUACAGGGUGUUUCUAAGGCCUUGCUGUCAGUGAAGGAAGAUCCUACUGCGGCACGCGAAGCAAUUUUAAUUCAACUGCAAUAUUUAUCUGCCUGUUGCCGAGGUAUUCAAUCUCCCAAUGAUGAUUACCAAUCCUUGAUGGAACGCAACUCAGUCUAUGACGCUUAUGCCAGUGGACAAUUAUCUGCCAUGUAUGCAACCGUGGAAGGAUUCAAUGAAAUCACCUUUGCUAUUCGUGCGUCGUGUUUACAGAUCGCUUCCAUGUGGGGUGCGGAUGAACAGGUCAUGAAGGCCUUAUCGCAUUUCUUGGAAUUGGGUAUGAGAUCCACCAGUCCACUUUUGAGCUUGAAUUUUGAGGACCUGGUGUCCUUGUUGGAAACAAGUUAUGGUAUAGCACCAUUUUCUUGCUGGUUGGAUACCGCUUCUUUCAUGAUGACCGUGUACGGAGGACAAGCAGAUCAUGUGGAGACCUUGCGGGAUUUGUUGGGGGUCUUGACUACAAAGACAUUAGCAUUUAUUCAUGGUGCUCAAGCGAUGGAGCAUUAUCCAGAUGUGGUAGAUAGUUAUUUUGGUUUAUUAUCAAGGGCAGUUCGACGAUGCCCUAUGGCUUUCUAUCAGCUUCCUAUAAAUAUGAUUAGCACUAUAUUUAUGUUUGUAAUUGCGGGUAUGGGAUUACAGGAACGAUUGGCUUUAAAAGCUGCGCUUAAUUUCAUGGCUGAUUUCGUAAGCCAAGAUUACCAAGAAAACACAGAUAUUGCUAAAAUUGUAGACACCAUCAUGAUGAAUAUGGGAAUGCAAAUUAUGGAACAAUUGUUAAUGGGAAUCGGAGGUCGCGUGCCUAGAUCCUUUUCUGGCCCUUUGGUGGAUGUCUUGUAUAAAAUAACCGGAAAAUAUAUUCAACCGAGUAGGCAAUGGCUGCAUACAUUGUUAGCCACCGAUGGGUUUCCGACCUCUUUAGCUUCGCCCAAUGACAAAGAGAUCUUUCUUAAAGGCGUGCUUGGAACAAGAUCUCUGAAAAGGUUUAAAGAAAAUGCCAAUUCAUUCUCGAUAAAGUGUCGAGGCUUAGGCAAUACUUCCUUUGGCAAAGUUUAAUUUUACUGUGCAUGUUAAUUAAAUAUUUAUGUAAAUCGCGCGCCUUCUUCGCUUUCCAAUAAACUAAAAGGCUCAGUUUUUUCUCUCAGCCGUUAUAAAUCGCAAAA